ACUCCCCUGUUUCCCUCAACGAAUCAAUCUCAACUCUCUCUCUCUCUCUAGAUCUGUCUCACUCUCGAUCGAUCUCUAUAUCUGUGAAAUUGUUGAGGAUUUGUGUAAUACUUACAAGUUUGUCGAAGAUUAUAUCAAUGGCUGAAGGUAAAGACGCUCACGUGCUGGAAAUUCCGGUGGUGGAUGAGGAGCAGCGCUGCCGCCACAGAUCGGGUUGUACGGCGGCGAUGCGGAUCCAUCCGCUGGCGGAGAUCUCGCGCAGCCCGGGGCACUUCCUCCUGCUGAAGCUGUGGCAGAGGGAGGAGGAUCUGUUCGGGAGGAGAAUGUCGAAAAAGGAAUCGCGGAUGGACUCGAUCCGGAGCGAGAUCUUCCACCUCUGCACUCAAUUCUUCCUCUUCCACGGCGUGUUCUUCACGAUCCUCUUCGCAUCGUCGCCGCAGGAGAGGUGCGGCGAGUGGUGGUUUCCGACGCUGCUGUCGGGGAGCGCGUCGGCGGCGAUCGCGUUCAUGGUGCACUGCAAGCUGUGGAGGUUCUGGAAGGUGGAAGGGCAACUGCAGAGGGAGCGUGCGGAGGCUCGUGCGCUGACGCGGUGCGUGCAGGAGCUGAGGAUGAAGGGCGCGAGCUUCGAUCUGAGCAAGGAGCCGAACAGGGGGAAGCGGUUGAAAAGCUCCAGCGUGGAGAUCAAGUGGGGACCACUCACGUGGUGCUCUCGCUACAGAGUCACGCUCCUCCUCGUCUCCUUCGCUGGAUUGGCGCUGCCUUCCUGCAGAUUCGUGCUCUGCGCCUGAUUGAUUGAUUUCGCUAGGGCACAAAAAGGAAUGAAGCUCUCUAGGUCCGAAUAUUCUGCUCCAUCUCUGAGAUGGAGAGAAGGAGAGUGUUUCAGUUGGAGAAAAUGGGAAGCAUUUUGUUGUGAUUUUGGAGCAAGUUAGCAACACUGCUUGUGUUCUGUUUCUUAAGUUCAUGGAGUAUAAAUUUAGGCUAUAAAAUCUCUAUUUUUUCAUGUAUUCUAUUCUUUGAUUCUUUCCAAUAAUAGAAAAUUGCAUUGAAUUUA